UCUAUGUUGCUUUGUAAAUUGUUAUGCAAGCUCAUUGUGACAAUGCAAUAACGAAUUUAACGUAAAGCACCGACCCUCGUAUCGGCUGCAUGCGUCAGCUGCGUGAACCUUGUCACCCCUUCUCUCGCCCCGCUUCCCGGCUUCCCGCAUGCCGAUGACUACGGCGCGGCGCGGGUAUCGCAAGCGCACUCGCCUGCGAGAGCUGAGUCGUGCAAGGCUGUCAGUGUCUGCCGCACGGCGGGACCACGUGAACGGAUGAGCGAAGCGAAGGACGAUUGACCGACCGGCCGACUUAACGGAACGACGGAGAGGACCGAGCGAGCUUCAAAACACGCAAUCGAAAGUCGCUCGACGGCAACCAACGGCGCGACGACUGGAAUUUUCACCGAGCCGCGCCGAGUUUCACUUCUAACCUGAAUUCGACGUGGCGUGUGCGGAGAUCGUUCAUGUGCCUGUCUCAAUAUACGUCAAACGAGCCAUCGGCGAACGCUACGCGACGACGAGGGUGAUUACAUAAACUUAGGCGGAAGGAGAGAGCGUCGAGGACUCGUUGGACAAUUCGACAGGAUGUGGCCGAAAGAUGUUGGUAUCCGGGCGCUGGAGGUGUACUUCCCGGCGCAGUAUGUGGAACAGAAGGAGCUGGAGGAGUACGACGGCGUUUCGUCCGGCAAGUACACGAUCGGCCUGGGCCAGACGCGGAUGGGCUUCUGCAAUGACCUGGAGGACAUCAACUCGCUGUGUCUGACCGUGACGCAUCGGCUGCUGGAGCGGCACGAUAUCAGUCCGCGGGACAUCGGCAGACUGGAGGUCGGCACCGAGACUAUACUCGACAAGAGUAAGUCAGUCAAGUCCGUGCUAAUGCAACUGUUCGAGUCGUGCGAGUGCACCGACAUCGAGGGCAUCGACACCACGAACGCCUGCUACGGCGGCACCGCCGCACUCUUCAACGCCAUCGCGUGGGUGGAGAGCAGCUACUGGGACGGCAGGUACGCCCUGGUCGUGGCGGCUGAUAACGCGGUGUACGCUGCGGGUAGCGCCAGGCCGACCGGCGGCGCGGGCGCGAUAGCCAUACUCGUAGGUCCGGACGCGCCUCUGGUGUUUGACCGCGGCCUCCGCGCGAACUGCAUGCGGCACGCGUACGACUUCUACAAGCCGGAUCUGCGUUCCGAAUAUCCCGUGGUCGAAGGCAAGGUGUCGAUCGAGUGCUAUCUGAGUGCUCUGGACAGCUGUUAUCAGCUGUACCGCGAUAAGGUUAAGAAGCAACGUCCCGAUGAGGAUGUUACGUUGGCCAGCUUCGACGCGAUUCUCUUCCAUUCACCGUACUGCAAACUCGUGCAGAAAUCAUUCGCCCGGCUGGCCUUCAUCGAUUUCCUCAACACGCCGGUGCCUCAGAUUUCUGCCAAGUACGAUCCCGUGAAGAAGUUCCACGCUUCCAAGCUCGAGCAGACCUACUUCGACAGGGAUAUCGAGAAGGGCUUCAUAGAACUGAGCAAAGCGGACUUCCAGCAGAAGACUCAGCCGAGUCUGUUGUUAGCGAGCCAAGUUGGAAAUAUGUAUACACCGUCGGUGUACUCCGGUUUAGUAUCGUUCCUCAUAUCGAAACCGAUAAGCGAACUGAUCGGCAACAAGAUAUGCGUAUUUUCCUACGGCUCGGGCUUCUGCUCCAGCAUGUACUCGAUAACGGUGGCGAGAGAGGGUUCCGGCUUGACGAAAAUCGUCGACGCUCUUUCUUACGUCAAAAAGGAAUUGGCGGAACGUCAUUGCGUCUCUCCCGUGGAGUAUACGAAAAUAUUAGCGUUGAGGGAACAAAAUUGUCACGUUGUGCCAUACGUUCCGCAGAGUAGUACGGAUAAUAUGUUCCCGGGAACAUAUUUCUUAGUGAAGGUGGAUGAAAAGUACAGAAGGAGUUACAAAAGAACAUGAGGUCGAGGUAUUCGAUUCCGAGGUUUAGGUAAUUUUUAGUUAAUUUCCUUCUACAAAGGCUCGAAGAUUUACACGAUCAAGUUCUUGUUAACAGCAAUUGUAUAAUAUUGUAGCGUUAUUUAUUGCAUCAAAUGCUGAACGAGAUAUCGAAAAUUCCUUUCACUUGGGUCUUCCUGAUUAUAUUUCUCUUAUUGUAAUUUUAAUAUAAUUUUUUGAUCGCAUUAAAUGUCGCGAAUUGUUCGACAGGAUUUUCCAAUCAUACUAAUAGUAAUUGAUUACAAUUCUGUAAGAAAUAUAAAUAUAACAUAGUCUAUAUCGUUGCGCAACAAAUAUCAAUCAUUGUUAGGAAUCUCAGGCUCUGAUGUUAUUGUAAUAGAAAAUAUUUUGGUGAACCAAAUGGAAAAGAGCUAUUCGUACUGAUAGCCUUUUCGCUGAUUUUUGCAGUAACUUACGUAACAAUAACGCAUCACCGUUCCUUUUAUCAAUUACAAAUUGCCGUUUCUCGCGUCAAUUACAAAUUGUUUCAGAUACAUUUAUAAUUCAUCCUUAUUAUCAUUGUUGUAGCCUGUUGGUACUUGCAUUAAUCUAAUGAUGGCAUGUUUAAAUUGACAUAAAAACAGCAUGAGAAAAGUGCCUUACGUAUACACUGUUCUUACAAAACGGAAAGUUUAGACAAUUUUAUAUAUUCAUACUAUACAUAUAUAUCUCGUUUAAUAUGCGAUAAAAGAAAUAAAUUAACAUAGCGAUUAAAGUAGGAUGGGAAAAAAUUGUUGUUUUACUUUUAAUCGGUACGCUUGCCAAUCCCAGAGUUAAACUCAUUUAUCUGCGUGUAUAUCAUGUGAAAAUUUAUGCAAAAAAUUUUUUUAUAUCUGUGGUAUACAAGAAUUAUCUCAAUUAUCUGAAUUUGAAUUAAAAGUGAAGAAUUAAGAAAUAUCUUCUCUACCUCGUUUUAUCAUUUUUUUUUACGUUUAUUAUAAGUCCGCAAUAUAAAAUAUUAUUUCAUAUUUGCAAGAAAAAUCAAACGAAUAUUUUUAGUCCUGCAUACUGAGGAUUUACAUGGUUUAUAGCAUUAUUUACUGGAUUGUUAUUUAUAUAUGUAUAUGCUAAUCAUAUACAAAAUGUUUAUUUACAUUAAAAUAAAUCAUUAUCUUAUUAGCGUAUCGGAUGAAUAACGAUACAAUCACCCCGAAUGCAAUAUAGGAAUUGAAUCCAUAAGGUUGAUAUAUUUAAUAUAAAUAAUAUAUAUGUAUAAAUAAAUUGAUUCUAUAUUCGUAAAUAAUCAUUAGAAAUCGAUGAUUAACCUCUGCUCACUGUGAUAAACGACUUUACUAUUCAGCUUAUUAAACUAUCAGUUAUAAAGUAAAGUAAAUAAUUUUUUUAAUCAAUCAAUGUUUAUUAUUGUGUGAAAAAAAAUUGAAGUUAAUAAAUAUUGAUUGAUCGGUAGCAAAAUUUAUGUCUGAGAUUUGUAACGAGUGAAAAAAGACGCUUUAUUUAUAAUAAAUUAAAAUCUCAACAUGUACAAUAUUAUACAGUAUGUUUUAUACGUAUCAAAUGCAAUAUAUAUUAGAUCCGCCAUUAAUUAACGAAGCUAUUAUAUUACACACCAUGUAUUUUAGAGAAAAUAUAUUUUCCAGUUGCCUAUAUGUGUGGGAUACAAUAAAUAUUUUUAAUUA